GCUAGGAGGAGAGAGGGGCGGGGCGGGGCCAGGUCCGGACUGCACCGUCCCCGGACGUGAGCGCCCGGGAGAGGAGCAAGGGAGCGGAGAGAGCCGAAGAGAGCAGAGCAGUGAAAUGCACGCAUAAUGAGUGCCACAGUGAGGCUCACAGAACACGUAACAAGAGAUGACCAAGGGAUGGAAGGAAACUAUGUCCUUUAUGGAUCUUCUUCUGUCCAAAUCACUGACGAAACAGAAUACAUAAAAAAGAUCAGAUCCACACUAGCAAAGAUUCAAAAUCAGCAGCCUUUCCGGGUGCCCAGAAAUGAGCUGGAGGCUGAGAAGGACACGCUUAACUCCAGCUACAAUCUAACCAUGGAAAAGCUGAAAGAGACUGACCAGCAGCUCUUGCUUGUCAACAGGGAGAAUGAAAUACUAAAGAUCAAGCUGGAUGCGACAAGAGAAGCAGGUGCACAGUCUCUAAGACAUGCCUCGAAAAGUCUAUAUGAGAAUUACUACAGUCGGUCUGAAGAACUUAAGAAAAAGCAUGAAGAUGAUAAACUGCUGAUGCAGGCCUCCAAACUUGAGCAAGAACAAAAACUCAAACAAAAUCUAGAAAAUGUCAAUUGUGUAACUGAAAGACUCGAAGAAAAGUACAGCCAGAUUACAGACAUGGAGAAACUGGUGCAACGAAUGGAAGAGGAAAAGAAAACAUUAAUAGAAAAAAAGCAGUCAUUUGAAGAGAAGCUUCUAUCAAACUCUGAAGAUACGAAGAGCUGUCGUGAUCUUCAAGUGGAGAUUUUCACUGUACAAGAACAGAUUUCUCACUUGCAGCAUGUGAUCCAGACCCAGCAUCAAAGCCUACGCCGUGUGAUAGAAGAGAUUGAAGAACUGAACAUCGGACUACAAAACCAAGAUAAAAAAAUUAAGACUAUGAAAGAAAAGAUAAAUAUGCUUGAAGCUCAGAAUAAAGAACUUAAAUACAAGGUGGAAUUCUGGUCUGCCCAACCCAAGAUUAAAGUUUCAAAAGGUGUCUCAACAACUUCUUCCAGGAUUGAUGGGGUAUCCCCCUAUUCAUUGCUAGCUAGGCUACGGAAGCAAAAUGGUUAGAUGAGUCCAUCGGUGGUGUCUGUUCCAGCUUCCUCAUAAGGAGCUCUGUGUAUCUACGUUAAUGACCCUUCAUUCAGUCCUUUUAUAUAUUUUGUUAUAAUACAGCAACUUGACAUGCUUGGCCACCAGGAAUAGCACUUGUACAGAAGAAGAUUCAUUAAAUGCAUAAACAAAUUUGGAUUUAAGGCAAGAACUGAAGAGACAUUGUGUUCUUUAACAUACAGUGUAAUCAAAUGACAGCAGCAUCCUAUGGACAUUGCUGAUGGGGAAAUAUAUGCCAUUGUAACAGCUUCUUAUGUAUCAAAGAGCCCAUCUUCAACAAGCAUUUUAUGGGCCAGAGGUACAUCAAACAGUUAAGAGGAUAUUCAGGAUUAACGAAUUAAAACUUUCCUAAUUGUAUACAAAAAUUGGUACAGACAUUAAAAAAAGAUUGGUGUUUAUCAAGUUUUAACACAAUACUGUAAUGUAACUAAGAACUUUUUUAAAUUUGAGAAAUUAAUUGUAAAGGGCUAUUUAAUAAAUUAUAUUUAAUCUUUUCA